UACAAUGGUGAUAUGGACAUUGUACUAAUCUUUUCUGGUCUGUUCUCUGCUGUCAGCACAGCUUUCAUUGUGGCCAUGGAGUUGAAUCUCAGUCCAGACCCUGAUGAUACCACACAUGCCCUUCUUGCCCAACUUGUCCAAAUUGGACUUGGCAACUUCACUGCAGUGGGGUCUACACCAGUAUCACCAGCAUCUACCUGGUCGCUGUCCACAGCCAACAUAAGGAUCCAAUGCAUCAUGUAUAUGAGCUUGUCCUUCAGUUUACUUGCUGCUUUUGGGGCUGUGCUAGGCAAGCAGUGGCUCAGGUACUACAAGUCA